AUGUUUGUUCAUAAAUUCUCAGCAAUCGGGCGCACUCUGAGGUUCUAUGUUAAGCCACACCUUGAAACGGAAUCAGGGGCUGCUUCGAUUUUUGUGGAGAAUAAGGAUAGCUGCCUGCUUAAUAAAUGCGGUGCUGAGAAGAAGUUCUUCAUCAUGGAGCUCUGUGAUGACAUACUCGUUGAUACAGUCGUCCUGGCGAACUUUGAGUCCUUCUCAUCCAUGUUUCGUAGUUUAAAGAUUUUUGACAGAGAUCGGUAUCCAAUCAAACGGAAUGGCUGGAAGGAUGUUAGUACCUUUGAAGCAAGGAAUUCUCGGCAGGCGCAGGCCUUCCUGAUCGGGAGGGGUACCUCAUAUGGAGUUUUUGACCCAGUACGGGAAUGA